AUGUUGUACAGUAAACUCAAGAGAAAGAGACCAGACUCACCAGAACCCAGCUGUGUCUCCCUGAAGAGUGAUCGGUCUAUGCGUCUUCCUUUGCAGUUUAACACUGGAAACCCCUCAUCUGUCCCCAGUAAACUCCAGAUGAAGAGAUCAGACCCACCAGAACCCAGCUGUGUCUCCAUGAAGAGUGAUGGGUCUAUGCGUCUUCCUUUGCGAUUUAAAAAUAGAAUCUCUUCAUCUUUACCCAGUGAACUCCAGAUGAAGAGAUCAGACCCACCAGAACCCAGCUGUGUCUCCAUGAAGAGUGAUCGGUCUAUGCGUCAUCCUUUGCGAUUUAACACUGGAAACCCCUCAUCUGUCCUCAGUGUUUUACAGACGGCAGGAGGCAGAAGAGAAAAGAUCUUCAUCACAGAUACAGGACACGCCCCAGAAUCUGCUGCUGGAAAUGAAGUCCAGAAAAAGUUCAGAUUAAAUCUGAUGAAGAAGUUUCAGUGUUUAAAUGGAGUGAUAAUAAAGCAGGAAAACCGAGUGCUCCUGAAUGAGAUCUACACAGAGCUCUACAUCACAGAGGGAGACAGUGGAGACGUCAAUAAAGAACAUGAGGUGAGACAGAUCGAGGCAGCAUCCAGGAGAAAAACAACAGAGGAAACACCAAUCAAAUGUAACGACAUCUUUAAGCACUUAUCUGAAGAAGAUGAACCCAUCAGAACUGUAGUGACGAAGGGAGUGGCUGGUAUCGGAAAAACAGUCUCUGUGCAGAAGUUCAUUGUGGACUGGGCUGAAGGGAAAGCAAAUCAGGACGUCCACCUCAUAUUUCCACUUCCUUUCAGAGAGCUGAAUCUGAUGAAGGACCAAAAACUGAGUCUGAUGGAGCUCCUUCAUGUCUGUUUUAAGGAAACCAAAGAAACAGAAAUGUCCAGGUUGGAAAAGGUUCUGUUCAUUUUUGAUGGAUUGGAUGAGUUUCGUUUCCCUCUGGAUUUCCAGAACACAGUGAGAGUGUGUGAUGUAACUGAAUCAGCAUCAAUGCAUGUGCUGCUGAUAAACCUGAUCAAAGGGAACCUGCUUCCCUCUGCUCUCAUCUGGGUCACCUCCCGACCAGCAGCAGCUGAUCAAAUCCCCUCUGAGUACGUCCAUCGAGUCACAGAGGUACGAGGGUUCAAUGACCCCCAGAAGGAGGAGUACUUCAGGAAGAGGGUCAGUGAUCAGAGCCUGGCCGAGAACAUCAUCACACACCUGAAGUCAUUAAGAAGCCUCUACAUCAUGUGCCACAUCCCAGUCUUCUGCUGGAUUUCAGCCGCUGUUCUCGAGAGAAUGUUGGGUGAAGCAGAGAGUGGAGAGAUCCCCAAGACUCUGACUCAAAUGUACACACACUUCCUCAUCAUUCAGACAAACAUCAUCAGAGGAAAGUACUCAAAGAAGCAGGAGAGUGAUGAAGAAAUGCUUCUCAAACUGGGAAAACUGGCUUUUCAGCAGCUGAAAAAAGGCAACCUGAUCUUCUAUGAGGAAGACCUGAGAGAUUGUGGCAUUGAUGUGACAGAAGCAGCAGUGUACUCAGGUGUGUGUACGCAGAUCUUCAGAGAAGAGGUUGGGCUUCACCAGAGUAAAGUGUACUGCUUUGUUCAUCUGAGCAUUCAGGAGCAUCUGGCAGCUCUGUAUGUGCAUCUGACCUUCAUGAAGGAAAAGAGAAAUGUUCUUGUUCCGAGUCGAUCCAAGACAAUUUCAGAUGUACAGAAGAGUGCUAUAAAUCGGACUUCAGAAAGUCAGACUGGACAUCUGGAUCUGUUCCUCCGCUUUCUUCUGGGUCUCUCACUGGAGUCCAAUCAGAAACUCUUACAUGCCUUAGUAACACAGACAGGAAGUAGCUCCCAGAACAAAGAAGAAACAGUUCAGUACAUUAAGAAGAAGAUUAGUGGAGCUCUUCCUGCAGAAAAAUCCAUCAAUCUGUUCCACUGUCUGAAUGAACUGGGUGACGAUUCUCUAGUGGAGGAAAUCCAACACUACCUGAAAUCUGGAAAACAAAGUAAACUCUCUGCUUCACAGUGGUCUGCUCUGGCAUUUGUGUUACUGACUUCAGCACAGGAGCUGGAGGAGUUUGACCUGAGUAAAUAUACCAGUACAGAGAAGAUACCAGACUGGGUUCUUGUGAGGAUGAUACCUGUGAUUGCAGCAUCCAGAAAAGCAAUGUAAGUAAAGCUGAAUAGAACUGUUCUACUGUUCCACUGUUAGAAAGAGAGAAAC